CCACCCGCUCGGGUGGCGCAGGCGCACCAGGCGCGGCCGGGAGGCCGAGGGCAACCACAGCAGCUCCGACUGGGGCUCCUCCCGCCGGGUCUGAGUGGGCUGGUAGGCGGCCACCGAGUCUGCUCUGGGCAGGGGCCGGCGGGCGGCGUGGCCAUGGGCGCAGGCUGGAGUAGCGAAGAGGAGCGGCAGCCGCUACUGGGGCCCGGGCUCGGGCCUGGACCCGGGGCUGCGCGCAGGAGCCGGGAGGCGGCGGCGGCGGCGGCGGUGGCGCUGCCCGCGGCUGGCCCCGGUCCGGGACGGGUGUAUGGGCGCCGUUGGCUGGUGCUGCUGCUCUUCUCGCUGCUGGCGUUCGCGCAGGGCCUGGUUUGGAACACCUGGGGCCCUAUCCAGAACUCGGCGCGCCAGGCCUAUGGCUUCUCCAGCUGGGACAUCGCGCUGCUUGUGCUGUGGGGGCCCAUUGGCUUCCUACCCUGCUUCGCGUUCAUGUGGCUCCUGGACAAGAGAGGACUCCGGGUGACUGUGCUUCUGACGUCGUUCCUUAUGGUUUUGGGAACUGGUCUAAGAUGCAUACCUAUAUCAGACUUAAUGCUGAAAAGACGAUUAAUCCAUGGAGGACAGAUGUUAAAUGGAUUGGCAGGUCCAACUGUUAUGAAUGCUGCACCAUUCCUCUCCACAACCUGGUUUUCUGCAGACGAACGGGCCACUGCCACAGCGAUUGCUUCCAUGCUCAGUUAUCUGGGUGGGGCAUGUGCAUUUUUAGUUGGACCUCUUGUUGUUCCAGCUCCCAAUGGGACAUCACCACUUCUUACUGCAGAGAACAGCAGGGCUCAUAUUAAAGACAGCAUUGAGACUGUGUUGUAUGCAGAAUUUGGAGUUGUCUGCUUAAUAUUCUCUGCAACACUAGCUUAUUUCCCACCCCGGCCUCCUCUUCCUCCCAGUGUUGCUGCAGCUAGCCAGAGGCUAAGUUAUCGACGCAGCUUUUGUAGGCUAUUAAGCAAUUUGAGAUUUUUGAUGAUUGCUUUAGCAUAUGCUAUCCCACUUGGUGUAUUUGCUGGCUGGUCUGGAGUUCUGGACUUAAUUUUAACGCCAGUGCAUGUCAGCCAAGUAGAUGCUGGCUGGAUUGGAUUUUGGUCCAUAGUUGGAGGCUGUGUUGUUGGAAUAGCUAUGGCAAGGUUUGCAGAUUUUAUCCGGGGUAUGCUGAAACUAAUUCUUCUCCUCCUGUUUUCUGGGGCUACACUGUCAUCCACAUGGUUCACCCUGACCUGUUUGAACAGUAUCACACAUCUGCCUUUGACUACAGUGACAUUGUAUGCCUCCUGUAUUCUCCUGGGAGUUUUCUUGAAUAGCAGUGUACCUAUAUUUUUUGAGCUUUUUGUGGAAACUGUCUACCCAGUUCCAGAAGGAAUUACUUGUGGAGUCGUCACUUUUUUAAGUAAUAUGUUCAUGGGAGUACUUUUAUUUUUUCUCACAUUUUAUCAUACAGGUCAGAAGCCUUUGGCCAUCCGUGUCAUGGGGAUCAAGUGCUUUCCAGGGACUUCAGAGCACAAGCACUGUGUCUCCAUCUCAACUCACCCUUGUUUCUCUGAAUACAGUUUCAUCUGCGAGGCCCUUAAAUAUCUACAGUAAGGGUGACUAACUGCUUGGUAGGGUUGCAGUAACUGUUGUAUGAAGAGUGUGGUUCCGUUAUGGCUGAGCACUUUGUUAAAAGCAAAAUGACCAACCACACAGAGCAUGUGUGUCUUCAACCUACAUGUGGCGGCGUAAGCAGUAAAGUUCAGCGCCAACUGUUAUUUAACCAGGGUUAGAUUUUAUUAAAUGACCCUGAAAACAAAAAUUUCUAACAUCAAAAUUUUCCAAUCUGUUGAGUGAUUUCUGAAUCAUACCCUUGUGUUUCAGUUCAGGUUGUAAAUAUUCAAUUCUGUAUGAAGUCAGUAUAUUUGAGAGGGCAGCAUUUUGCCAGUACCUAUUUUUUUUCUAUGAAUGGUAGAUUUUUUUUAAAAUAGCAGUAACUCAUUGGACAGCUCUCAGACAUGAUUUCACUAUGACAUAAAAUCCGCUGUGGUGGUAGCAUGCUAACUCAAAUGUUUAACAUUUACACGAUUCCCCUCACACAGAAAAAACAAACACUUCCCCCAAAGUCAAGAAUAACACUACCUUUAUUACUCUCUGCUUCCUCCAGCUCCCUUCUUUCCUCUCACUUGAAAUUGUCACACCAUUUUCAGCUAAGUGUGUAUUUUACUUGUCUUUCUGGACAGUGUAAGCCAGUCCUGUGUCAGCUAGGGUGGGGAAGCGUGGUUAAGGAAGCUGGCAGCCCUCACUCCUGCUUGUCAGGGCAUGUGUGCAUACCCUCACGCUUCACAAGCACCUCAAAUGCCUCGCCCUGCCCUCUUAGCAAGCUCAAGACUAUGCAUUAACUCACCUCAGGCCUGGAGGAGGAUUCUAGGACUGCCUGGUAUCUUCCAAGACUCUGAUUGUGAAAGUAGGAAAAUAAGAAAACCCUCGAAAUGAACAUCUUUCAUUCACCUUUGACUCAUCUCCCUUUUUAAAAAUUUUUUUAUAACCUUUAUUUUAUUUUUAUGUGGUGCCGAGGAUCAAACCUGGUGCCUCACCAUGCUAGGCGAGCACUCUACCACUGAGCUACAACCCCAGCCCUGAAUCAUCUCCCUUUCUAACCACCUGCUCACUUAGCAUCAAGAACUGAAGGAAUUUGGGAAAGAGAAGAAAUCCUGUGAAAGCUAGUCUUGGUUCCAAUUGACUCUCUCAUCCUUCUUAAGUAAAAAUGAAAUAAAGUGAAGUUAGAAUUCUUGAAGAUGAUUGAAAGUCAGCAUUAAGGAUAUUAGUAGGCCAUGACCUGGAUGCUAAAUAACCACCACCCCUUUCCAUUUAGAAAGCAGGAAAGAAGCAUGGAGUAUGGGGUUUAGACACACCAUUGUGUUUAAGGACUAUGCUAUAUCAAAUCCUGUAUAAUGAGACUUCUGACAAAACAUUUUAAUUAACAGUUCAUUCUACUUUUAGCAAAGUACAGAAUAACACAUACAAAAUGAUACAUACCUCAGUAACUGAUUAGCUGGAAGACAUCCCAAAUGGGCAGUGAUUAACAGUUCUUGCUUUGGACCAGGCACUGACUGUUCUUUGGCCUAGGUGCAGGAAGCCGAGUCUGCCGGUCCCCUCCAGGUCGGCUUACCCCUCCAGUUGAUCAUUGUUCUAAUCACAAACUGCAGCUGUUUUAAAUGAUCAAAAUUUCAUCUGCCAGGCCUGAUAGGAAGAAAACCAAAGGCUUGUGUGUGGGGAGAGGACCAUAUGUUAUUUAUCUGAACAUUGCAAAUCAUAAUUUUUUGGUUUUUAUUCCUAGCCUGCAUCAAAAUAGACUAGCUGUUAUCUUUGUACUUUUUGAACACACAUUGUAGAACCCAAAUGAAGUCUUAUAACUGGAAGAAAUCUUAACUCUCCACUAAUCCAAGCCCUCAUUUUAGAAUUUACAGACAUGGUCCUAGAAAGAUAAAGUAUCUUGCCAAAGUAUUAGUUACAGUUAUCCCCCAAUAUCCAUGGAAGAUUGGUUCCAGGACAACCCCCCAUACACAGAUAUCAAAAUCCUCAGAGAUCAAAACCCUUUGUAUAAAAUGUAUUAGUACUUGCAGAUAACUGAUUUAAAUCCUCCCCUAUACUUUAAAUCAUCUACCUAUACAAUGUAAACACCAUGUAAAUAGUUGUUACACUGUGUUGUUAUUAAGGAAUAAUAACUUUAUCUGUCUUUAGUACAGGUACAAUUUUUUUUUCAAAAAUGUUUUAUCUUUGGUGGGUUAAAUCCACAGAUAGAGAAACUGUGGAGAGGAAGGACCCCGUGUAAUAGAAAGGAAGAACUAAGACCCACAUUUUUAUUCCCAAAAUAGUUUCUCCUCCUUACCUCACAAAUUGGAAGGUUAAUUUAGACCAUUUCAUGGGUUAAUGAAUAUUCUUCUGUGUCCAAAAUUGAUGCGGCUUAUGAAUGAAUUGUCAUUAUCGAGUAUGAAAAGUUCAGGAACUAAAUCGAGGUGAUCACUGAUUUACAAGUGAGAUUAUAAGUAAAAUUUAUAAAUAAAUCAUUAUCCUGUAGGUGCUCUAACAUCUCUUAAGUCUUAACUUGCAGUGACAUUGUAUGAAAGAUUCUGAUGAAUAAUUCAGUCCUCAUAAACUCAGCUAACAGCAUUAUUAAUUGGUAAGGACAUGUUAUAGUGUAAGUUCCCUGUGGCUUAUCAAUUAAUACUUCACAGUUUAUGGGAAGAAGCAGUUUUUAAUAUGAUCCAUGGUAGAGGUAAAGCAAUAAGAUAAUUACACAAGUGCAUUUCACUGGAAGAUGGAGCUAUUAAAACAACAAGAGGGAAUCAAGUGCACAUGUAAUUUUGUAUAUUUAAACAUAUGGCCUCAGGGCCAGGUUUUAUCAUGGAUCAUAUAUUCAUGUUUAAUUAUUGAGAAUGUUUACAGCUUGUUUUUAUGAAGCUUCUCUAAUGAAGGAUCCAAGCUAAGGGAUUUUAAGUUGAAAAGAUUAAAUCCCCAUCUACUUAUCUUUUAAUUAGUUUUUUUUAACUCUUAUUUGUACUAAAAUCCAGGCAUUUGUCUUGCAAUCUGCAUGAAUACAAGCUUCAUUUUAAACUCAAGAUCAAAUAAAAAUGUAUAGCAAAUUUGUUUUCCAUUAAGGUUAAGAAUCACAUUAAUUUUGUCCCUGAAAUAAUAAGUACAGGAAUUACUAUGAUCAUACCAUAUCACCAGGCAAGUACAGAAGCUGGGAUAUGGGGAACUCCCCAACUCCUAGACCAGCAUUCUUUCCAAUAGUAAGAGCACUUUCCUCGCACACACAAGGCCCCGGGAUAGAUCCCCAAUACUGCGAAAAGAAAGACAUGAAGAAAACAAUAUAAUGUCACCUUAGAGAAACAGAUCACUUGAUCAGACUUAUAAAUACAGAAAAGAGUACAAUUCCACAUUAAUUUGGAAUUAUUGUACAGAAGGGGAUAAGACAAAGUUUAUUUCUGUUACCAUCAAGCAGUUUUGCUAGUCCAUAAGAAAAGAUAAGCACUGGGGCUGAGGAUGUGGCUCAAGCGGUAGCGCGCUCGCCUGGCAUGCGCAGGGCACUGGGUUCAAUCCUCAGCACCACAUAAAAUAAAAAAAAUAAUAAAGGUGUUGUGUCCACCGAAAACUAAAAAAUAAGUAUUAAAAAAUUCUCGCUCGCUUAAAAAAAAAAAAAAAAGAUAAGCACUACUCAGGGGAAAGUGUGAGACCAUCCUAGAAGAGUGGAAGUUCACUUGGGGUGCUGGUUUAAGAGCAGGCCUGGGGCCCUGUGCUCAGCAGAGGCGAGUGUCUGCUCACCCACCUCUCAGCUGUCCCGAGCUCCCAUUCUUGCUCAGAGUCCUCCUUGUUCCACUGGAGCCUCAGACUUAGGAGAGGCUCUAGGAAUGAAAACCAGGCUGUGAGGAGACCCUCCAGGCAUCACCUCUGGCCGGGAGCUGGGAGUGAGGGAGGCUGGGAACAGAAGGACAAUUACAUGUUUCUCAGUCUCUCCAGUUUAGCUCUUUCUUGGUCAGAACUGAAACAACAACAGCCUCUUCUCACCAUACACUUUUCUGAGGCUCUGACUCCUUGUUGCCCGAGGUAUCUCAGUUUCCAGAACUUGUAUGAAUCUGAAUUCAGCUUUGGCCCAGAAUUCUGGCUUCCUUGCCCUGAUGUUCUAGCACAGACCUUCACCUCCAACCCUCCCCAGACUCCUGCGGAAAGCAAGGCCACACAUCUGAGCUUCUCUCUCCUGAACAGGACACUGGCAUAAGCAAAACCUAAGUAAAUCCAGGGAAAAGAUUAAACAGUUCCCACAGCUAAGUCUUGUAAAUUAGAAUAUUUCCCUGAAAUGGGAAUUGCAAAGGUCUUGGACAGUGUGUAGUUAUUAUUUAUUGCAUUUUUUAAAAGAUGAGCUAAUUGCUUUAUGUGCCUUAGAACCUGGUAGACCUCAAACAAUAGCCUUUCAUCUCUGCCCUCUCUCUAAAAGAGCAGAAGUCAUCUCGGCCCUAGCUGUUCUGUUCAUUGAACAAGAUUUAACUUAAAAAUUUUAAAGCCUAGCUAAAAAAUGAAAGAAAGCAUGAAAUUGAGUUUUAGCAACUUUGAUAAAAUACUAAGACACAUCAAACCAUUUUAGCUCUAAAUGUGUUGGACUUAGUGCACUGUAAGGCUCAGAACCCUGAAGGGGUUGCCAGAAAUCUACCCAAAUAUUGCAGUACUCUUAGGAUGCCCUGAAAGCUCUCCUAAUUUAUAAAGGAUAUCUCACAGUCUUUAACAAAUUGGCAAGGCUAACUUAUAAAUACUUCAUGUUCACCCUAAUGUUAGAAAAUUAUUUUAAAUUAGUAGAGUAUUUAAUUUAGGCUUGUCUAAUUUACAUUAGCUUUCUUCUUAUUUACUUACCAGGAAUAUAGAAUGAAAGAAAUGAUCUAAUCCAACCAGCAUGUUUUAUAAAAGGAUAGACAGAGAGCCUUUUAUGUUAAAUGAUACAGCUGGGUUUUAGCAGAGCCCCCAACUCCUAGACCAGCAUUCUUUCCAUAAAUGAUCAAUGUAUUAGCCAGAAUUAAUCCUUUUAAUUUUCUCUCACAUCUUUUCAAGUUUUUUAAAUUACGCAAGGCAUGCAUGAAUGUAUAACAACUAUGAAAUAGCCAAGACAGGAACAGAGCAAAGUCCACCUCUACAUAAGCACGUGCUGUGUCACUGGUUCUUCUCUCUAGAUAGUCAUCAUGAAUUCUCCUAGAGGACAUUUUAAAUAAAGUCAUUUAGGGAACUAUUUCUUGGACCAUGCCAGCAUAAACGUUAUGGGCAGAAGCAGGAGUUUCUGAGACCCCCCCCCAGAUGACUCUCAAGGAGAGCAGUGGUUAAUUUAGACACUUCACACACCUGGCUCUGUACCAUCAAGUUCUAUCAUACGCUGAAGUUUAAAAGUGAAUUCCAGUAUGCAUUAUCCUGUUUUCUUAUACAAUACACACUUCUGUAUUUGUAUUGGAAAUAUAGUUUCUAUUCUUAUGCCUUCAAGUAAAGUUCUUGUGCUAUGAGAGAGAGAGAAAAAAAAAAGCAAAACAUGACCCUCCCCAGAAUCCAAAUAGAGUUUCUUGACAGGGUUUUCUUGACUCCUGCAAUAUUGUAGAGAACAGAAGGUUGAGAGAAUAAGUUUGUGUCUUGUCAUAUUUUUUUAAAAUAGAGAUUCUGGUAAUUCUUAAUAUUUUUGCGGCCACCCUACUUUUGAAGCAAUCUGCAGAACUGAUGAACCAUAGCAGAACAAGAAUUUAGCUUCAUUUGGUCACUUCUUUCUUUCCUGUUCUCUUGCCCAUCCAGCUUUCUCCUUUCUGGUCAUUUCUCUUUAUUUCUGAAUAUGCUUGGAAGUGAGCUGUGUGAACCAGGUUAUCUGAGUUACCAGCAGUAGGGAAGAGAGCUGGCCCCACAAUUUCCUCAUGGACUAAACUAGAGAGGGCACAAAGAGUGAGCACUGGCCUAGGAGCCCGAGGGCCUGGCUCUUAUCCCAGGCCUGGUGAAGUCAUUUCUCACUUAUGAAAAUCUCUAAAAUAAGGGGAGAAUAGAAUAAUGAUGUUCCCCUAGGUUUCUUCCAGUUUAGAAAUUCCAGUCCAUGCUUAUUUCAGUGUUAGAAAAUGACCAAAGCAGUCUGUAAGACUAAAGAGCUUCCCAGUGCUUUCAUGUUCCAUUUGUGCAGCAGCCCCCCCCAUCACGUGAACACAUGAAAUAUUAUGCUGCAUACAUUUCAACAAGAAAAAAAUGUCUUUUUCAGUGUCUGUGGUAGGAGAUAAGCUUCAGGUGCUGUUUAUUUUCCCGUAGGACUUUAUAUAUGAAAUGCAGGAUUUAUUAAAUUUAUCAAGUGCAAUAAGAGAAAAGCUGACAUCUGAUGUUGAAAACAUUCUGGGAGCCAGGUGGGAGUACUGCAUUUGCUCACCAGAGUCAGACACUUAUCCUGUAGUCUGGUUUGAUUCAUUGUGAGGUGGCCUGGAUUUGCAGCUGUAGAAAUCAAGCCAUCAGGUCAGAUAGCAAGGCGGAUCCUUGAACUUAUUAUCUAGAGUUAUGGUACCAAACAACUGUGAGAUGCAACAAUGUCAUCUCUACACGGCCAGAUUCUUCCAGCAGAGCUAUGCAAACACCUUCCUGGGUGAGGGCCGAGGAGCAAGCACGUUAAGAUGUGAUCUACCUGCAGGUGUAGUACAUGCAGCUUCACUGCAACUCUAACACAGAGCAAUGAACCCAAAGAACUACCUGGGAAGUAGGAGGCCUGGCCUUUGUCCUGGUUAAGUGGACUAUUCUCUGUGGACUUGUGUGCCUCUCUCAGGGUCAGAGUGGAUUCUCCUUUGGGCUAAAGAGUUUUAUAGUUCUCUGAUCUAUAUCUGUUAGUCGCACACAGCAGAAAGCAGAAAACCAUGUGAAUUCGAUACUUUUCUACUAGUUCUCCCAGUUUAGACAUUAUCUUUUCAAACAAACUAGGAACUUCUACAAACCCCUAUUCCUUGUGGGCUAGGAAGUUAUGGAAACUCCUUGAGACUGUUAUUCUAUCCAUUUCCUGCUGCCUGUCUAGUUGGGGGAAAGAUGACUGUCUUGAACCAGAUGCUGAUUGCCUUUCCUACUCAGUCGUACUUUAUCAAUAUUCCUUUACCAAUUUUUGUUAUCUAGAUUCUGAAAAUUUUUUUGACUUUUAAUUUUCUUACACAAACUGUACCUUUCAUCUUAAAGUAGAAUAUGAUCCUUUUCCUUCUGCUUUAUAAUUUGAACAUAACAACAUUCUAGAAUAAAAUCAGGCAUGGAUUUCAUCAUAGCCAGUAUCAAAUACUGGGUGAAGCAGAUUAUAUAAAGAUUUUUAAAAGAAGAAGGAAAAGAAGCAGGAUGGAGAAAUCUGUAUCCAAUAAUUCAGUCAGUAUAUUUUGGGCUCCUGCUCUAUGCUGGCCACUUGGCUAGACACUGAGGAUGAAGAUACAAAUAAGAGGUCACCUUGGCCCUCAGAUUUGCACUCCAUUGAGCCUAUUCAUAAAAAUAUAACUAAAAGCCAGCAAUCACCCCAAAAGGGCUGUUGGAAUCUUUUGUAACUCAUAUCUAUGCUGUCUUAGUUUCUGUAUGUGGAGUCUUACUCUCUUGAGAAAAUAUAUUCUAAAUCCUGUUUUCAUGAGCCAUUAAAAAUUUGUGCUAGGCCAGAUGUGGUGGUGCACACCUGUAAUCUCAGCAGCUUGGGAGGCUGGACAGAAGGAUCACAAGUUCAAAGGCAGCCUCAGUAACAGCGAGGCACUAAGCAACUCAGUGAGACCCUGUCUCUAAAUAAAAUACAAAAUAGGGCUGGGGAUGUGGCUCAGUAGUCGAGUACCCCUGAGUUAAAUCCCCAGUACAAAAAAAAAAAAAGGAGAGAGAAACAUAUUUCAUGCUUAUCCCUAUCAAUGUACACUUAGGUUGGCCUUCAUUGAGUAAAAAAUAACCGUGGACAAACUUUGAAGGGAAAGGCAGAAAAAUCUGUUUUGAUGGCUUGAAAAUAAGUGGAAAGGUUUUUAGGGAAAACCAACAAACUUCCAACGAUUUCAGAUCUGCCAGUAUUCAUUCAGGCAUGAGAUUAGGCCAGAAGAAGAGCCUAGCAAGGGAGAGGUUGGAACCAUGUAAGGAGAUCCAUGAGACCACAGGAGAUGAGUUAUUGAACUAUAAACCCGCCCUGAGGACUGGGGGUGUCGCUCAGUGGUAGAACAAGUACAUAGCAUACACAGGCCCUGAGUUCAAUUCCCAGCACCACCAAAAAUAAAAUAGCCCUGUAGACCUGUUUGUUAAUACGUCUGCCAAACUGAGGUAGAAGAGGAGGUUUGGAGGUUUGGAGUUAUGGUAGAAGCAGGUUCUGGAAAGCAGAGCCAGAAAUCGACUCAUUCACACUGAGUCAUCUGGCCUGGUCUCCUGCCUCCAAGCUCAUCCUGCCUGCAGUGUGUCUGGCCAACUGUUUUUUCAACUCUCAAGGGAUGGAGAUGCUUCAACCUCCCCGGUCAUCUGUUCCAGAGCCAUUCCUUUUUGCCCUUAGAAGUAGUUGCUUUCUAAGAAUGGCAGUGGGAGGGAGGGGUCCUGAAAGAGUGGCAGAGGGGAGACAAGACAAACAGAACAAAUCAGUAUAAAGAACCCUCCAAAGGAAGAGUGGGGAACAGCCUCCACAUUUCACACUUCCUUCCGUCACUUAAAUGUGAGCAACUGGCUCCAAGAAUGUGGGGAUUCCAGAAGGUAAAACCAGCCAUCUGGGAACCCUGUUCUCCCAGAUGCCCUGACUGGCACAGGGGAGGGUCCUAUUCUGCUCUGAGAAAGCAGCAUGGAUCUAGACAUCCACCGCUGCCCAAGGGAAGCUGUGUUUUGUUCAAGAUCUGUAACUUUCACAAAUCUCUCUCCAAAGCAAUGUUCUGUAAAUGAAGGCAUGCCUUCCAUACCGCUUGGUUGUCUUCCAUGCACUCUGCCAGAGGAACUACUUUGCAUAGCAGUUCUCAGAUGCAAAGUCAUCUUGGCUAGUCCAAGGGGAUUCGAUGUAAGUAAAGUUACCAUCUCUUCCUCCAUUCAGACCUUUCUGUCUGCCUCCACCCUCUCAGUCACAUGCCCAGAAAUGAGUCAAAAAGCCUGUCCAGCCAAAAUCACUGUCCAAAAGCCCAAGUGCUCUGUUGUUCUCCCUCUAUUUUCAAGUUGAGGAGUACUUGGCCUAGUCUUCUUAUGCCAUUUGUCAUCUGGCUUUCAAGGUCUGCACUACGUCACAGAGCAGAAAGGUAGGCAGGGCCAGCCUAUAGGUGGAGGAAGAGGAAGCAGCCGCAGGGAACUGGAGACUGUCCAGCAGCCACUACCCCCAACCAUGCCUAACUGGCUCCACCUUCCCCAUACCCGGCCUUGGCCUUCUUGAUGCCUAGAAUCUCAUUCCAGUUCACUCCUCCCCAAACCUCUCAUGCCAGGCCCAGGCUGUGCUGAAGCCCUUGUCUCCUUUUCAGUCUGGAAGAAUAGAGUCCUUUCCUUUGGGGAUCUGGGUCAGUCCUGGAAAUGACUUUCAGCUGAGAUUGCAGCAGAGGAACUUCUGACUGCCACUAUGAAAUAGUACUCCAGUAGGCUGCCAUGGACCCCUUGCCUCUGGAGAUCAAAGCAAGAGAAAGGGUCAGGACUGUCCCAGAGGAUGGGGAUCAUCUCUUGAGAUGCCUCCCAGCUCCAGGACCUGAUUUUUAAAUGGCAAUACCAAGAUGCAGAUAAAGGUUAUAUGCAGGCUCCUUGGAGGCAGGGGCUCCCCCUCCUGUGACAUCCCAUGUGCCUGGGCAAACUUUCUGCACCCUGCAGAGAUGGUGCAGCAUAUAAGGGUGCGUGGAGGGAGUUCAAAUCCUGUCCAUGUGGAAACUAGAUGCUGGGGACCAGUGGGCACCAGCUCUGCCACCUGGUAGAUCUAUGCAGGAGGGUAGGCCAGAGUGUGGAUGUGUGAUGAGUCCCUCACCCCCGAUUACAGCACAUUACAACCUAUGAAGUGUCCUGUGUGUUUUUAAAUAAUUCUUACCAUGUAAAUAUUGUAUUACAUUUUAAUAAAUUUUUUUUUUGCAUUUUACUUUUGUAAUAUUGGGGUUUUAUAGAUUUUUAUUUUAUGGCCAACUAUACUUUUGUAAGGAAAUGUUGAAGUCUUGAGUAUUUUUAUCCUUUUAGAAAACUAUGGUUAAUGUCAACUGUAAGCACUGGUAAAUAUUAUUCAUGUGCAAUUUUUCUUCCUUUCACUCGGGACUUUUUAAGAAACUGUGCUUUGGCAUAGUGUUUUAUUUAAAAUGCUGCUUCGUUUUACACAUUGUGAAUACUGAAGAUUCUGAAAAAUAAAGAUGCAUUUAAAAUCUCUGUGCUGUUACAUUGUGGAAAUGGUAAUGUGCAUUGCUUUGCCAAAGUGGUAAUUAAAUGUUUAAUGGUUUAGAACUCCUAGUUCAGAAUAGGGGUUCUAGUCAUCACUCACAGUGCAGGGCUUCCAGACAAGCCUCCGAUUCCUUGGAAAAUGCACUUGGGAAUGGUGAUCUCCUGCUCAGCUAGGAAAUAUGGUUAUGUUGACAAGAUGGUUGUCAUGCUUGUGGCUCUGCAAUAAAUGUGUACUGAAAGCA